GUGUAUCCACGUUCUGCACUGGUUUUUGGAGCUUAUUUAAGGGCCAUUUGUUUCAGACUCUUAUUGCCUGUUCAGAAAGUUAAGUAUCCUGCUACGGAGUAUGUCAGUGGCUCUUCUUGUGCGAUAUGCCACGCUCAGCGGAUCCCGUGUCUGCUGCAGGGCUGCCCUCGGCCUAACUAGUAUCUACCAACAAGAUCCAAAACGGGCUCUACACACGCCAUCAUCUCCUCGGUGCAGCAGCUCUCGCUUUGAUCCGGACAGCAGUGGCCUGCCAACUACCUGGGACUCCUUUGGGAUAUGGGACAACCGCAUUGAUUUGCCCAUCUUGCUUCCGUCGAGCAUCCGAUAUGGUAAACCCAUUCCUAAAGUCUGCCUGUCCAAGGUGGGCUGUGCAUCGCAGAUUGGCCUGCGGAAGGUAAACGAAGACCGCUAUCAGCUAUCGCAGAUGACGGACAACAUCAUGUACUUUGCAGUGUUUGAUGGGCACGGAGGUGCAGAGGCUGCUGAUUUCUGCCACAGAAACAUGGAGAAGUAUAUUAAAGACAUUGCAGAGGACGAGGAUAACUUGGAAUUAGUUUUAACCAAAGCGUUUCUUGAGGUGGACAAAGCUUUAGCCAGGCAUCUUCACUUCAGUGCAGAUGCCUCUCUGUUGAGUGCAGGGACCACGGCCACUGUGGCCCUACUGAGAGAUGGGAUCGAGCUGGUGGUGGGCAGCGUGGGGGACAGCCGAGCCAUGCUGUGCCGCAAAGGCAAAGCCCUCAAACUCACUGUGGAUCACACGCCUGAGAGAAAGGAUGAAAAAGAGAGAAUAAGGAAGACUGGAGGUUGUAUUACGUGGAACAGUUUGGGUCAGCCUCACGUCAAUGGCAGACUGGCCAUGACACGCAGCAUUGGAGAUUUUGAUCUCAAAACGUCAGGUGUCAUCGCAGAACCAGAGACUAAGAGGAUUUCAUUGCACCAUGUCCACGACUCCUUUCUGGCACUCACCACUGAUGGCAUUAACUUCAUCAUGAACAGUCAGGAGAUCUGUGACUUCAUUAACCAAUGUAACGACCCUAAAGAGGCUGCGCAAUGCAUAUCUGAGCAGGCUCUUCAAUACGGCUCUGAAGACAACAGCACUAUCAUUGUGGUGCCGUUCGGUGCCUGGGGCAAACACAAAAGCUGUGACGUGAGCUUCUCCUUCAGUCGCAGUUUCGUCUCCACUAGCCGUUGGGCCUAAUCAAAAAUAAGAAGACCAUGAUGGUUUAACCGUUACACAGCAGUGACUCCCUAGUCUGAAUUCAACAAUGUGCAAUAUUCUCCUAAUCCAUCCUGUGACGAUCAACUCAAAAAAGACCAUUACUUUCAGAACCAACAUUUAAUGUGGUUUUGAGUUGCUGUUGACUCAACAGAAUGACACAGAGCUAUUUUGCCUGGAGAAGUGGUUUUCUGAACCUCAGUUCCGCUGAGGUUCGAGUGUAUUCUUGUCUUGAAAAUUGUUCUUUCCCGCUUUUAGCUCCUAACCUGUGUUGCGUAUCUUUCAUUUGGUUACCUCAGUUCUGGUUUUCACUUUUUGCAGAUACUAUAAUUCAGAAUAGUGUGCUGUAGGUGGAAUCAACAAUUAUUCUCCGUACUGUUAUUGUGAAUCAUUUCA